AUGAUGACGGCUGUCGAGACACAGGUGCAGUACAACACUACGUACACGGUGACCACGGAUGAGUACAUGAUCCAGGAGGAGGACUGGGACCGGGACCUUCUUCUGGACCCCGCCUGGGAGAAACAGCAGAGGAAGACAUUCACGGCCUGGUGUAACUCUCACCUGCGUAAGGCUGGCACUCAGAUUGAUAACAUUGAGGAAGACUUCAGAAAUGGCCUCAAGCUCAUGUUGCUGCUGGAGGUCAUCUCAGGUGAAAGAUUGCCCAAACCAGACAAAGGCAAGAUGCGCUUCCACAAAAUUGCCAACGUAAACAAGGCUCUGGACUUCAUCUGCAGCAAGGGAGUCAAACUGGUGUCCAUUGGGGCUGAGGAGAUUGUUGAUGGUAAUGUGAAGAUGACUCUGGGAAUGAUUUGGACCAUCAUCCUCCGUUUUGCUAUCCAGGACAUCUCUGUUGAAGAGACCUCUGCUAAGGAGGGACUGUUGCUGUGGUGCCAGAGGAAGACUGCCCCCUACAGGAAUGUUAAUGUACAGAACUUCCACAUCAGUUGGAAGGAUGGCCUUGCUCUCUGUGCCCUCAUCCACAGGCACAGACCUGAUCUGAUUGACUACGCCAAACUGAGAAAGGAUGACCCCAUCGGUAACCUGAACACAGCAUUUGAGGUGGCUGAGAAGUACCUGGACAUCCCUAAAAUGCUGGAUGCUGAAGACAUUGUGAACACCCCAAAGCCUGAUGAGAAGGCCAUCAUGACCUAUGUGUCCUGCUUCUACCAUGCUUUUGCUGGGGCUGAGCAGGCUGAGACUGCUGCUAACAGGAUCUGUAAGGUUCUGGCAGUGAACCAGGAGAAUGAGAGGCUGAUGGAGGAGUAUGAGAAACUGGCCAGUGAGUUGCUGGAGUGGAUCAGACGUACUGUCCCCUGGCUGGAGAACCGUGUGGCAGAGCAGACUAUGCGGGCCAUGCAGCAGAAGCUGGAGGACUUCAGGGAUUACCGUCGUGUUCACAAGCCACCGCGUGUGCAAGAGAAGUGCCAGCUGGAGAUCAACUUCAACACCCUGCAGACCAAACUAAGGCUCAGCAACAGACCCGCAUUCAUGCCCUCCGAGGGCAAGAUGGUGUCGGACAUUGCCAAUGCAUGGAAAGGUUUGGAGCAGGUGGAGAAGGGCUAUGAGGAGUGGCUGCUGACUGAGAUCCGCCGGCUGGAGAGACUGGACCACCUGGCUGAGAAGUUCAAGCAGAAGUGCUCUCUGCAUGAGUCCUGGACUGCAGGAAAAGAGGAUCUUCUCUCUAAGAAGGAUUAUGAGUCAGCAUCUCUGAUGGAGAUCAGGGCUCUGAUGAGGAAGCACGAGGCGUUUGAGAGUGACCUCGCUGCCCACCAGGACCGAGUGGAGCAGAUCGCUGCUAUUGCCCAGGAGCUGAAUGAGCUGGAUUACCAUGAUGCUGCUACUGUGAAUGCUCGCUGCCAGGGCAUCUGUGACCAGUGGGAUAACCUGGGCACCCUCACCCAGAAGAGGAGAGAUGCUCUGGAGCGUGUGGAGAAGCUGUGGGAGACCAUUGACCAGCUGUACCUGGAGUUUGCCAAGAGGGCAGCGCCAUUUAACAACUGGAUGGAUGGAGCCAUGGAGGACCUGCAGGACAUGUUCAUCGUUCACAGCAUUGAGGAGAUCCAAAGUCUGAUUACAGCUCAUGAUCAGUUCAAAGCCACUCUCCCAGAGGCAGAUAAGGAGCGCUCGGCCAUCAUGGGAAUAAUGAACGAGAUCAUGAAGAUUGCUCAGACCUAUGGCAUCAAACUGUCUGGAAUUAACCCCUACACCAUCCUCAGCUCUCAGGACAUCAGCAACAAGUGGGAGACGGUGAAGCAGCUGGUGCCCCUCAGAGACCAGAUGCUCCAGGAGGAGUUUGCCAGGCAACAGGCCAAUGAGAGGCUGAGGCGACAGUUUGCUGCCCAGGCCAACAUCAUCGGACCCUGGAUCCAAACCAAGAUGGAGGAGAUUGGUCACGUGUCUGUGGACAUUGCUGGCUCUCUGGAGGAACAGAUGAACAACCUGAAAACAUACGAGCAGAACAUCAUUAACUACAAAUCUAACAUUGACAAACUGGAGGGAGACCACCAGCUGAUCCAGGAGGCAAUCAUCUUUGACAACAAACACACCAACUAUACCAUGGAGCAUAUCCGUGUGGGUUGGGAGCAGCUGCUUACCACCAUGGCUCGCACCAUCAACGAGGUGGAGAACCAGAUCCUGACCCGUGACGCCAAGGGCAUCAGCCAGGAGCAGCUCAAUGAGUUUAGAGCCUCCUUCAACCACUUUGACAGGAAGAGAAACGGCAGGAUGGAUCCUGAUGACUUCCGUGCCUGCCUUAUCUCCAUGGGUUAUGAUCUGGGUGAGGUGGAGUUUGCCCGUAUCAUGACCCUGGUGGACCCCAACAAUACUGGAGUGGUGACCUUCCAGGCCUUCAUCGACUUCAUGACCCGAGAGACUGCUGAGACAGACACAGCCGAACAAGUGAUGGCCUCCUUCAAGAUACUGGCCUCAGACAAGGCUUACAUCACAGUGGAUGAGUUGCGCAGAGAGCUUCCCCCGGAGCAGGCUGAGUACUGCAUCAGCCGCAUGACCAAGUACAUUGGGCCAGAAGCAAUUCCAGGAGCUCUCGACUACAUCUCUUUCUCCAGCGCCCUCUACGGAGAGAGCGACUUAUAAAUGCACACUCUUUCCUUUCUUUCUUUUCCCCUUUCUUUCCUUCUUUCUCUUCCAUCCUCUGUCACUGUUCUUCUCUCUUUCCUCAAAGCCAUUAAGAUAAUGAUUUCAAAUGGUCCCCCCUUCCUUAUUUUAUUCUUCCUCACAUAUAAUUUUAUGUAUGCCCUUUUUUCUCCCUUUCAAUCUCCCCUCUCUGUUUCUAUCUCUUUUAGAAAGAGUGCGCAGCAGAAUCUCCAGGUCUAAUUUAACACCCACAGUGCUAAAGUAGCCCGCACCGUACACUGCAGGUGUUCAUUUAAGCAUGAAGAUUUUACUGCGUCCCCUUUUUUGUUCUUCUCAUCUUACUUCUUCUUUUUCCUUUCCUUCCCUCCCCUUCUUUCUUUCCCUCUCCCUCUCUCUUUCUUCUCUCUUAAUUGUAACGUGUGUGAGUUAUGAAUCUCCAAACUGGAGCCCAGAGCUGAAGGGUGAAGUGGGGAGGGCACUCUGCUUCUGUGACUUUACACUUAAUGUCUGAUUCAGUUUAAUGCUCAAUUCAAAGGCAUAUAUCUGAAUAUACCACCUCAAGUGCAAUAACUAUCCAUACGGCACAAUACAGUCAUAUGACUUGUUUCUAAUUUGGUCCUGCCUCUAAAAAAACAAAUCUAGAAACUUCCCCACUGUUGCCUUAGUGCCUCACAUGGCUGGACACAAUGUAUCAAUCUUCACUCAGGCUUAGCAGAUUGCCCCUGUGGUCCCCAAAUGUGGCUUAAUAAAGCCUUAUUUUUGUAAAAGGCAAAAAUGGAUCAGUAUUAUUAAAGGUUUCAGCCUGUAUGCAAAGGGAUAGGCACCACACUGCCAUUACCUUCACAACGCCCACCUUCCCCCGCGUUUCUCUGGCAUUCUCAUACAAUACAGUCAUGUCUAUGAAAAUGAAUGCUUAUAUUUGUAUUUAGACUCUUAAUGUCUUUCUGUUUUUUUGUAUGUCUUGAGCUUGAAGGUCACGUGUCAUGUUUGUUUAUGUGAAUAUGUCAAAAGGAAGUCAGUUGAAGACGGAAAUAUAGUGGUCGGAUAUGUGUCCUUUCAAAGCUUUGCCACUAGUAGGAAAACUGUACAUUGGGCCAAGCAAGAGUGCUGAACAAGAGUAAGAGAACAUGAUUACAGACAGACUGAGAACAGCAGGUAGCAGCUGAACAUGGUGAACACUGUUGCAAUAGAAACCCAUAACUGUGCACCACAUAAAUGACAGGCUGCCUGCUCUGUCUGCCUCCUGUGUCAUGUGACUUUCUUCACUGCCCUUGUCCACUGCUAUUACAAGAAUGAUCCUGGGAAAGAUUUUGAUUCUCCCACAUGCAGAAAGAUAGUGAUUAGCGUUCAAGGGAGGGAAUCUGGAAACAAAGAAAGUGGGGUCUGACCCCAUGCAAGUGGAACUGUAGCAGGCCUAGAGAUGCUAAUAAUGAUUCAAGAACUGAUGAGAUGAUUGGAAAAGAUCUAGUCUAGCCCUGUACAGUCUUACACUGUCCUCUGUCCUCUUAAUGUCUUCCUUUUUCUGUCUUCUAUGACCUCAUCCUCUUACCCACCACCAGUGUUGCUCGCUUCCACGCAGCCACUACUGAAAGAACACAAAAAUGCCCCAAAUAAAAUUAAUCAAUUCUGACUGACUGAA